AUGACAAAGAAGACUUUCAAUGCAGCAGUUACGAAAAUACCAAACAACGAUUCUGAGGUAUUUGAGAAAGUCGAUUCGGUUGCUAAGUUGGCUGUAUCACCAUUGCAAGUCAUUGUUAAUUCUGGCAAUCAUCAGCAACAGCAUUCCGCCACUGAAGCAACAAUUAAUUUCAUGGCUGGAUUUAACAGUCCAGUAGGUAGCAUCGAUUCGGGCAUGUCAUCACUUAGUUCAUCGAACAGUUCACCUGCCUCAUCACCUGGAUGCUCACCAAUUUCAAUCAGCAAUGUUCCUUUCCAAUACGUCGUCGAACAACAAGUGAUACCACGUGGCCGAUCGACAAGUGAAAGCGUAACAAAUGGUCUGAAAAGUAUCCUGAAAAAAUCCACUACAUUACAUAUCACUGCCGGACGUUUUCUAAGAUCGUAUUCCGAAUGUGAAAGUAGAGAGGUUGAAGAAAUGAAAGUGACUGUUGCAGACAUGAAUAAUGACAAUAACUCAGGUGUAGAUUCACGAAAGAAGCGUGUAUCAUUCAGUGAACGUUUAGUGCAAGAGCGAUCAUUCCGGCCUAAUUCAUCUAUUUUAAGUCAAAAGAAAAAGAACCAACGAAAGCACAAAAAUAAAAUGAAAAAGAAAGGCAGUGUAACUACUUCGGAAGAUAAUUCGACGGAUGAUGAAGCACGACAUCGUUCAAAUCCUGAAACGAUACUCUACGCUACUUGCAAUGACAACAAUGAGGACGAAAUGGAUCCAAUUGAAUGUGAUUUAGCCGCAUGCGUUUUAGAAGAUUCUGUGGUCGUAGUUGAACAAGACAAAAAGACUGAUUGUCAUGAGACUACAAAAAUUCAUAAGCAUAUCCUACGAAUCGGUUCCGAUUAA